AGUUUUCUACUCUUACGCGCUUGACUCUUGUUCAGUUACUUGACAAUCAACAUGUUCAUGAUCAACUGGUUUUGGGAUAUUCUUGCUCAGCUUGGCCUGAUGCACAAGAAUGCCAAAAUUCUCUUCCUUGGCUUGGACAACGCUGGCAAGACGACGCUUCUCCAUAUGCUGAAAAAUGACAGACUGGCCACCCUUCAGCCCACCCUUCACCCUACUUCCGAGGAACUGGCAAUUGGUAACGUGAAAUUCACUACAUACGAUCUUGGUGGACAUCAGCAAGCUCGCCGCCUCUGGCGUGACUACUUCCCCGAGGUUGACGGAAUUGUGUUCUUGGUUGACUCUGCAGACUUCGAGCGCUUUGCUGAAUCAAAGGCUGAGCUUGACGCUUUAUUGUCUAUCGAGGAGUUGGCCAAGGUUCCGUUCCUAGUUCUCGGAAACAAGAUUGACGCUCCUGGUGCAGUCAGCGAAGAGGAAUUGAGGCAUCACCUUGGGCUCUACCAAACAACCGGCAAGGGCAAAGUCCCGUUGAACGAUAUUCGACCCAUCGAGAUCUUCAUGUGUUCAGUCGUCCAGAGACAAGGAUAUGGCGAGGGCUUCCUAUGGCUCUCGCAAUACAUAUGAUUGUGUGCCUUUUGUUGGUGAUUGAAGGGAUUUCUUAGACCUGCACUAAUUCCCGUUUGCCCCUGUCUCCUUCACUCUUGUUGCCGUUGUGGACCGUCCUAUGUUAUUCUUUACGCUUCAUACCAUUGGAGUUGUCUAGCUCAGCAGACUUGAAUUCGUUGAGUGUGAGAACUGAGG